CCGCCGCCGGGGAGGAGCAGCCGCUGCCGCCCAGGACUGGGCCCUUAGGGAGGAGGAGGCGAGAAGAUGGCGGACGACCCCAGUGCUGCCGAUAGGAACGUGGAGAUCUGGAAGAUCAAGAAGCUCAUCAAGAGCUUGGAGGCGGCCCGCGGCAAUGGCACAAGCAUGAUAUCAUUGAUCAUUCCUCCCAAAGACCAGAUUUCACGAGUGGCAAAAAUGUUAGCAGAUGAGUUUGGAACUGCAUCUAACAUUAAGUCACGAGUAAACCGCCUUUCAGUCCUGGGAGCCAUUACAUCUGUACAACAAAGACUCAAACUUUAUAACAAAGUACCUCCAAAUGGCCUGGUUGUUUACUGUGGUACCAUUGUAACAGAAGAAGGAAAGGAAAAGAAAGUCAACAUUGACUUUGAACCUUUCAAACCGAUUAAUACGUCAUUGUAUUUGUGUGACAACAAAUUCCAUACAGAGGCUCUUACAGCACUACUUUCGGAUGACAGCAAGUUUGGCUUCAUUGUAAUAGAUGGUAGUGGUGCACUUUUUGGCACACUCCAAGGAAACACAAGAGAAGUCCUACACAAAUUCACUGUGGAUCUCCCAAAGAAACAUGGUAGAGGAGGUCAGUCAGCCUUGCGUUUUGCUCGUUUAAGAAUGGAAAAGCGACAUAACUAUGUUCGGAAAGUAGCUGAGACUGCUGUACAGCUCUUUAUUUCUGGGGACAAAGUGAAUGUGGCUGGUCUUGUUUUAGCUGGAUCAGCUGACUUUAAAACUGAACUAAGUCAAUCUGAUAUGUUUGAUCAGAGGUUGCAGUCAAAAGUUUUAAAAUUAGUUGAUAUAUCCUAUGGUGGUGAAAAUGGGUUCAACCAAGCUAUCGAGCUAUCUACUGAAGUCCUCUCCAACGUGAAAUUCAUUCAAGAGAAGAAAUUAAUAGGACGAUACUUCGAUGAAAUCAGUCAGGACACGGGCAAGUACUGUUUUGGAGUUGAAGAUACACUAAAGGCUUUAGAAAUGGGAGCUGUAGAGAUUCUAAUAGUCUAUGAAAAUCUGGAUAUAAUGAGAUAUGUUCUUCAUUGCCAAGGCACAGAAGAGGAGAAAAUUCUCUAUCUAACUCCAGAACAAGAGAAGGAUAAAUCUCAUUACAAAGAGACAGGACAAGAACACAAGAUGACUGAAAGCAUGCCCCUGCUGGAAUGGUUUGCUAACAACUAUAAAAAAUUUGGAGCUAUGUUGGAAACUGUCACACAUAAGUCACAAGAAGGAUCCCACUUUGUGAAAGGAUUUGGUGGAACUGGAGGUAUUCUGUGGUACCGAGUAGAUUUCCAGGGAAUGGAAUACCAAGGAGGAGAUGAUGAAUUUUUUGACCUUGAUGACUACUAGGUAGUCGACAUGGGUCCGGCAAAACGUGCCUCACCCUCCAGCAUCCAACCCAAGGAGCAUACCCGUGGUGGAAUCCAAACAGAUCCCUGCCUUACAAUUGGAACAUUUCCAGAACUUAAUCCAUGAGCAUUGGAUAUUGAAAAGAAAACCGAAACAAAACCAGACCCAACCCUACACUUUGGUUUGUCAUGGUGUCAGCGCAGCAGCCUACAACUAAGUUCCUAAAAUGCCACUUUGGACUAAUUUAAAAAAGAAUCCCAGUUUUUACUUUUACUCGAUGGUGAAAUUGGUUGCUCUUGUAUUUUAUGAAAAAAAAAAUGAUUUUUUUAACCUUCAUACAUAGAAUCAAAAAUACUUUAACUGCUGUAAACCUUCAAAAGUUAAUAGAAAUGAGAUCAUACUGGUUUGUUUCUUAUUUUGAUUGGAGAAAAAUUGCUGCAUUUCGCAGUGACCCAUUUACAUGGCAUUCUCAGCUUAGACUGCAUAAGAAGAAAUACAUGCGGUGAAAUGUUGGAACCAUUUUUUCUUGGUCUCUGUUUAAUGUUGAAAGGG